AAUCAUCCAAGAUGGCUGCGCCCUUGAAACAGUGUUUGAACGGAGUGAGCCAUCUCGCGACAAUAUUUGGUCAUCUAGCAGUGAAGCCACGGCAGAUGGCACCAAUCAACAGGGCAGUUACAUACUGUGUGAACCGGAAACAGUUCAGUGUCCUAACCACUGUUAGAGCCACAUUAAAUCAACACGCCAUAAAACAAACACAACAACCGACGUCUUAUAACGGGUCUUUGGCACAGGUGUGUUCCCCCUUCUUACAAUCAGUACGUACCAAAACAUCAGUUAGUCUAAGGAAGGGGAAGUCAAAGACCGUCACUUCUGUUGUAACACGUUUCAAGCGGAUGGAAUGGGGUGGCUGGAUUCGAACAAAAGCUGGUAAAAACAAGAGAAUGUGGUCAAAGACUCCACAGCGACGAUAUCGUCUACAGCAGCAUGUCAUCUGUAAUGGCCAACAAAGUAAGCUACUGGACAAGAUGGUCACUGGUUACUGGCGAAAGCAUCGACACUACCCAGAUGAUCCCUAUGCUCCUUAUCACAAACGUACAAACUUUUUUAAUGCUGACAAGAAUGAUUUACCUCCCUUCCUGCCGUAGUGCACACACAGAGACAUCAUACAGUGUACUCUCAAGCUGACUUUUGAAAAUGAAGAUUUGAUCGUAAAUUUUGCAGAUGAAAAAUGUUGGUUGUGUUAUCACCAUCAUUAAACAUCCUAAUAAAUGUUGCAUGCAUAAUUUUUUUU